AUGCCGAGUCUUGCCAUGGGCAUUGCAGCGUUCCAACAGGUGGCCGGCGCCGGCACCACCAGCGGGGGAGGGCAGGGGGGAGGGCCGGACCCUGGUGUUUCCGCGGCGGCCAUGCCGAGUCUCGCCAUGGAUGUUCCGGCCUUCCCACAGGCGGCCGGCGCCGGCAUCACCCGCGGGGAGGGCGGGCGGGGAGGGCCGGGCGUGGUGUGUCACGGCGAGGAUGCUAAGCCCUGGCGUGGAUCUUUCGGCCCGCCGGGCUGGCGUCACCGGCACUGCUGUGGGUUUCGGCCCAGCACCCACGAACGGGACAUACACGUUGGGGGGCUCCGGCGCACCGCUUCGCUCCCUGAGCAACGCACCUCGAGGUGGGGUGGGUCAAGCUUCGCUCGAUCUCGCGUCCUCGGCUUCCGACGCGACAAAUUCCUGCGCGCCGGAGAGUUUCCAGCAAUCAAGACUGAAUGGAGGAGUUCGGGCCGGCGAAAACCACGGCCAGCCUCUGCCUUCGACGCCUCGAUAUGUAGCAUUUUUGGACCAGGUGCAAUCGCCCCCAAAAAAGAGUCAGGCAGGAUCGAGCAAGAGGAUCACUUGGACGGCCAAGAGAGAUAAGCGUGGUGGAGGGCAGCAUGCAAUUCAGGGAGGAGCCCAAGGGGCCUGGGGCAGCUCCAAUAGAGUUUUGUAGAAUAUUGUCCUUUCGCUCGCGUCGGAUAUUUGUGGUGCUGGCGUGGAGAAGCGUCCAGGCCGCAGCGAACAUCUGCUGUGGGAAGAGAACGUUCGUUCGGAAUUUGGAACCCAACAGCGGCGGCAUGUUUGAAAAGGGAGCAAGGGUGAGAGCGAAUCAAGCUCGGAGUUUAGCGGGGCGACAUGAGGGAGACUGUAAGCGUCGGAGUAGCCCUUUUCUUGAGGUGCCGCACGCAGUUGGUUGUUGUUCGUGAGCGCGCGUUGAAGAUUAAAGACUGUUUCAUGCCGGUCUUGUUGCGGCUUCGUGGAUAACAGGAACGGGGUUACAGCGACUGACACCGUCUUGUGCGGCCAUGUUU